UUGUCGGAAGGACCAGAAGUCCGUUUCAUCCGUGCAUAGAACGCGUUCCGCAGCAUCGUCGCGAAUUUACAACCGGGAGCUGUCAUGCUCGUGACACUUUCGCCCGCGUUUUCGUGCCAGUAAAUUCGCGUUCGAGAACGUCGCCGGCCGUUUGAAUGCGCGCGCACGACAACGUUGUGACGAUACAGUGAAAGAGACCCGGUGAAUCGAGAUCUCUUCGUUGGACAGCACGAACCGUGCAGAAAGGUAUCUCCGUGGCUUUAUCAACCCCCUCGCUGGUAACGUUGUGCGUUCAGGGCUCGCCUAUGUUGAACUGAUCGCGGCGGUAGAGCGUGUUCGAGAGCAUCGAUACCUACAUCUGACGCGAAGUCCGACGCACCGCCAUGGAGGUAUUGAUUUACGAGGCGAGCAACGGCCAGGAAAUGAACGCGGCCGGCUCGCCGGUAUACGCCAUGGGAAAGGAACCGAUUAAGGAUAAGCCGGAGGAUAAACAAACGAAAGGCGCGACGGCACGGUUUAUGGAAACCGACACGGCGCACACGGUCGACAUCAUGUUCGAAAACAUCACGUACACGGUGUCGCUUGGCUGCAGGAAAGGCCAGAAAGAGAUACUGCACGGGAUCAGCGGAAGGCUUCCGGCGAAACACUUGAUCGCGCUUAUGGGACCAUCUGGAGCGGGGAAGUCGACAUUGUUGAACGUACUGUCGGGAUACAGGAUAACCGGCGUGAAUGGUAACGUCUACAUCAAUGGACGUGCUCGACAGAUGAAUUCUUUUCGAAAAUGCAGCGCGUACAUCACUCAGGACGAUCGCUUGGAGCCAUUGUUGACGGUCAUCGAGAGCAUGAGAGUGGCCGCUGACCUCAAGCUCCCAACGAAGAUCCCGCAUCACGAGAAGGAAACGAUAAUCGUGGAGAUCCUUACCACUUUGGGCCUGUCCGAGCACAUGAACACGCGAGCAGGAAGAUUGAGCGGGGGUCAGAAAAAGAGGCUGUCCAUCGCUUUGGAGCUGGUUAACAACCCGACUGUUAUGUUCCUCGACGAGCCAACGACUGGUCUGGACAGUUCGUCUUGCAUGCAAGUGGUGAAUCUACUGAAGCUGCUGGCGCGACAAGGACGGACGAUCAUUUGCACGAUCCAUCAGCCCAGCGCGUCCCUUUUCCAGCUUUUCGAUCUGGUGUACGUGUUGUCGAAAGGGGAGUGCUUGUUCCACGGUGCAACCAGUCAAGUGAUACCUUUCUUAGAGAAUGUCAAAUUGCCCUGCCCUAUGUACCACAAUCCAGCCGAUUACGUGAUCGAGUUGGCCUGCGGUGAAUACGGAGACGACAAAAUAUCGUUGCUGAUAUCCGGCUCGCAGAAUGGCAAGAGCUUGCAGUGGUUCGAAAAUUCGGACGCACUGUUGGACGCUAAAGGCUUGAGAGCGUUGCAUCCUCUCAAAAAGAUCAUCGACGCGGACGGUAAGAGUAGCCUGCAAGCGACUUCAUUGACGCAUCAGAUCAGAGUCUUGAUGGCGAGGGGCUUUCUGAUGUGCAAACGUGAUACGACUUUAACACACUUGCGAAUCCUAGUUAACGUGUCUGUCGGUUUCAUGCUUGGCUCGGUAUUCCUUCAGACCGGUAUGGACGGUGCCAGAGUUCUAGAUAACUACAAUCUCCUCUUCUCUAUUCUUAUACAUCACAUGAUGACCACGAUGAUGCUCACGGUAGUCACGUUUCCUAUGCAGAUGAACAUACUACUGAAAGAGCACUUCAACAGAUGGUACAGCUUAAAGGCGUUUUACACGGCUCUGACGUUGAUCGAUUUGCCGAUUUCAAUAUUCUGCUGCCUAAUUUUCACCGUGAUAGUAUACUUGAUAACGUCGCAACCGUUGGAGAUCACGCGUUUCUUAAUGUUUUUCUCGAUCAGUUUGUUGGUGUCUUUCGUAAGUCAAGGAACUGGUCUCAUGAUCGGAGCAGUAUUCGAUGUAGUUAACGGAACAUUCAUCGGACCAACGUUGUCAGUGCCGUUGAUGAUGUUUGCUGGAUUCGGUGUAUCGUUGCGCGAUAUACCGAGUUAUCUGAAAUGGGGCACAUACGUCAGUUUCCUACGAUAUGGCCUGGAAGGGUUCAUCAGCGCCAUCUACGGAUUCGAUCGACCAGUCUUGCCCUGCAAAGAGAAAAAUAACUUGUACUGCCACUACAGAUACACAACGAAAUUCCUCUCCGACAUUGCCAUGGACUCCGAGCAGUACUGGAACGACAUCGUCGCCCUCGUUGUAAUACUUAUUAUAACGCGGUGUGCCGCUUACGUACUUCUAAGAUGGAAGAUCGUUUCGAUGCGAUAGAUCGAUCGGAGAGGUUAUCGCUGGUCAAAUCUAACGCGUACGCCGCGAACCGUUUUCGAGUACCUUUCUUCUUAUCGUGAUAUCGAUAGAUGAGUGUUUUAGUCGUGCAACGAGUCCGGUACAGUGAGCGACAUUAAUCGCUUGCGAUUAAAUCAGUAAUGGUACCGUGAAAGGUUAACGAACGAAAGUGCAGCGUAGAGGUGUAAAUUAAAUGUAAUUUUAAGGCUAUCGUUCCGAUGCGAUAUCUUCGGAAGUUAAACGUGAUAUUUAAGAAUUGCUCAACGAAAGUCAAUUAACAAGGCGCGCGUGUUUUUUUUACACGCGGUAACGUUUAAAAGACAAAUUGGGAGGAACGAUCGUUUCCCAGUUUACAGGGUUUUUAAUUUUAUUUUAAACUACCGUCGACACCCAAGUUCUUCCAUUUUCGCGUGCAAUCCUUAACCGCAUAUGUAAGGUAUUUUUAUACGAUUAUUUUGUUAACAUUUUUUAUACCGAUGGGACCAGAAAUACAGUUCAGUAAAGUGUAUUCACAGUGAGACGUAAAUGGGAUUAACUAGUCAGUUAACUAGUGUGAAACUUAACCCUUUGCACUCCGAAUUAUAGUUCAAUUUUAGUUAUCAGCGCCUUUAAGUGUUUUAUUUGAAAUUUACCUGUUAAAAUAUCUGUUUACACUGUUGUUGUAUCUUGUAAUUUUCAAGCGUACGAUAUCUCUUUGGUUUGGACUUGAAAAAAUGUUGAAAAGGAGCUCCUUGUUUAAUCAUACUCGACAUAGGAGUGCAAAGGGUUAAUGGUAGGUGAAUCGGUUGGCUGGUAGUUGGGGAUGUUGUGGCUCCCGAAGCAGUUAGUAAUAAGUUCAAUAAGACGUCUGAGGUGGUGACUUAAACACGAGGAAGUGAAUAGUAGGACUAGGCCCUUCCGUAGGCUCAUUCCAGCUCGUCGAAGUGUUUUACAAUUUAAAUAAGCAAUAAGC